AUGGCUGUUAAAAUAUUAAAAGUAAUUGAUGAUAGGGACCUACAAAAGCUACAAAACGAAUCGAAGUGCUGUAUAAUAGUGAACGGUUUGGUGUUUGACGUCACUUCGUUUUAUGAACAUCCAGGCGGGUAUGACCUUUUUAAAGAGUACGAAGGAAAAGACGCAACAGCAGCUUUCAACGAAAUAGGCCAUUCUGUUAAUGCAAAAAAAUUGAUGAAGAACUAUUUAAUUGGAAUAAUGAAAAAUUCUGAUAGAUACAAAAAUAAGAUAAAUACAAGAAUGGUAGAAGACAAAGUAGAAUAUAUCGAAUAUUCUGCGCAAGAUGAAGAAGAGGGUGAGGAAACUGCAGCAAUUAAGCCUGAGCUGGAUCAAACGAAAGAUAAAGUUGCCGAUGCAGAAAAAGUAAAUUAUCCCAUGGUUUCCCUCAUUAUCCUUCUCUUCAGCAUUGCUUAUUAUUAUUUGUUUUUAAAGGGGUAA